CGGGACCGGGACCAGAACCACCAGAACCACCGGGACCACCAAGACCUGGACCCGCCGGGAUGAGCUGAUCAGCUGAUCAGAGUAUCGAUCCGCCUCCAGCUCCGGCUGAGAUGCUGCUGUCAAUCACCGGUCCGAGACCUGCUGGUUCCAGGAAACUAAAGGUUCUGGUUCCAGGAAACUAAAGGUUCUGGUUCCAGGAAACUAAAGGUUCUGGUUCCAGGAAACUAAAGGUUCUGGUUCCAGGAAACUAAAGGUUCUGGUUCUGAAGAUCUGGACCCUUAAACCCCCCUGAACUGGACCCGAGCUGGAACACCGAGGGUGAAGACGACCCCCGCCCCCAGAGAUGUCCAGCUGGAAGGAACCCGGUUCCCGGCUGGUCCUGCUGGUCCUGCUGGUCCUGCUGGUCCUGGUGGACCUGGUUCCGGGCCGCCAGCACCCUGAGGCCCGGCGGCGGCAGCAGAACAUCACCCUUGCCGUCAUCCUGCCCCGGACCAACCGGAACUACCCGUGGGCCUGGCCCCGGGUGGGGCCGGCCCUGGUCCGGGCCAUCCGGGCCGUCAACGCCGACCCGGACCUGCUCCCCCACCACACGCUCGUCUACGCCUUCAAGAGCAGCGAGAACCGCGACGGCGUCUGCUCCGAGUCGGUGGCGCCGCUGGUGGCCGUGGACCUGUACCUGGCGGGCGACCCGUGGGCCUUCGUCGGGCCGGGCUGCUCCUACGCCUCCUCCCCGGUGGGGCUGUUCACCACCCACUGGCGGCUGCCCCUGAUCACGGCGGGGGCCCCGGCCGUUGCCUUCCACGGCGGCGUUUACCCGUUCAUCACCAACACGGGCCCCACGCACCGCAAGCUGGGCCGCUUCGCGCUGCGGCUCUGCCGGCGCUUCGGCUGGCUGCGCCACGUCACGCUCAUGUUCUCCGACAACAAGCUGGACGACCGGCCCUGCUACUUCGCCAUGGAGGGGCUGUACACGGAGCUGCGGGGGGCCAACGUCAGCACGCAGGACAGCGUCUUCGAGGAGACGCCCGUCAACUACUCCCAGAUCCUCAACGACAUCCAGAGCAGCGGCCGCGUGAUGUUCGUGUGCUGCUCCCCGGACGUCUUCAGGAAGCUGAUGGUCCAGUUCUGGCGGGCCGACCUGCCGCACCAGGACUUCGUCUUCCUGUACAUCGACCUGUUCGCCGACAGCCUGCGCUCGGCGCGCCGGACCCCCUGGUACCGCGGGGACGAGGAUGACGCCGUGGCCAAGGAGGCCUUCCAGAGCGUGAAGAUCGUGACGUACCGCGAGCCGCAGAACCCUGAGUACCAGGACUUUGUCGGGAACCUGCGGGCCGACGCCAGGAACAUGUUCAACUUCAGCCUGGACGACUCUCUGAUGAACAUCAUCGCCGGAGGUUUCUACGACGGCCUGAUGCUUUACCUGCACACGCUGAACGAGACGCUGACGCCGUCGGGGGAACGGCCCCGAGUGGAGGACGUGACCCGGAGGAUGUGGAACCGGACCUUCCACGGUGUCACCGGGCCGGUCCACCUGGACGAGAGGGGGGACCGGGAGACGGACUUCGCCCUGUGGGACCUGGUGGACACCAACGGCAGCAGCUUCCAGACCGUCCUGGUCUACUCCAGCUUCGAGGAGCAGCUGUCCUCCGUCCCCGGGACAUCCCUGCGCUGGCUCGGGGGGUCGUGUCCCCCGGACGUCCCCGUCUGCGGCUUCAAGGACGACAACCCGCUGUGCCUGACCAAAACCAUCACCAUCCACCAGAUGGUCUCCAUCGUGGUCUUCUUCAUCCUCACCAUGACACUGACCGUCACCGUCUUCGUCUACAGGAAGAUGAAGCUGGAGAAGGAGCUGGUCGCUCAGCUCUGGAGAGUUUCCUGGGACGACGUCCAGAUGUCCAACCUGGACAAGGUCCUGCGCAGCGGCAGCCGGAUCACGCUGUCCCUGAGAGGAUCCAACUACGGCUCCCUGAUGACGGGGGACGGGAACCUGCAGGUCUUCGCCAAGACCGGGUUCUACAAGGGAAACAUCGUGGCCAUAAAGUACAGCAACAGGAAACGGAUCGAGCUGAACCGGACGGUGCUGUUUGAACUGAAACACAUGAGGGACGUCCAGAACGAGCACCUGACCCGGUUCAUCGGGGCCUGUAUCGACCCGCCCAACAUCUGCACCGUGACCGAGUACUGCCCCCGGGGCAGUUUACAGGACAUCCUGGAGAACGACAGCAUCACCCUGGAGUGGAUGUUCAAGUACUCGCUGAUCAACGACAUCGUGAAGGGCAUGCUCUUCCUCCACAACAGCGUCAUCUCGUCUCACGGGAAACUCAAGUCGUCCAACUGCGUCGUGGACAAACGCUUCGUCCUGAAGAUCACGGACUACGGACUGACGAGCUUCCGCUCGGAGAACGACUCGGGGAAAGACGCUCACGCUUACUAUGCACGACGGUUGUGGAUGGCUCCGGAGCUGCUCCGGAUGGAGGCCCCGCCCCCUCAGGGGACCCAGAAAGGAGACGUCUACAGCUUCGGGAUCGUCCUCCAGGAGGUGGCGCUGCGACGCGGGGCCUUCUACCUGGAGGGAGACCCGCUCAGCGCUAAAGAGAUCGUGGACCGGGUGGUUCUGGGCGACUGGCCCUGCCUGCGUCCGACCGUGGACCCGCAGAACCACAGCCCAGAACUGGGCCAGCUGAUGCAGCGCUGCUGGGCCGAGGAGCCCACGGAGCGGCCCGACUUCAACCACAUCCGGCUGCUGCUGCGCAAGCAGAACAAGGAGUCGAGGACGAACAUCCUGGACAACCUGCUGUCGCGCAUGGAGCAGUACGCUAACAACCUGGAGGAGCUGGUGGAGGAACGAACUCAGGCGUAUCACGAGGAGAAACGCAAGGCUGAGACGCUGCUGUACCAGAUACUACCUCACUCGGUGGCGGAGCAGCUGAAGUGCGGGGAGACGGUUCAGGCCGAGGCUUUCGACUCCGUCACCAUUUACUUCAGCGACAUCGUCGGCUUCACCGCCCUGUCAGCCGAGAGCACACCCAUGGAGGUGGUGACGCUGCUCAACGACCUGUACACCUGCUUCGACGCCAUCAUCGACAACUUUGAUGUUUACAAGGUGGAGACCAUCGGCGACGCCUACAUGGUGGUGUCGGGGCUGCCGGUCCGGAACGGGAAGCUGCACGGCCGGGAAGUCGCCCGCAUGGCGCUGGCGCUGCUGGACGCCGUCCGCUCCUUCAGAAUCCGCCACCGACCGGAAACACAACUGAAGCUGAGGAUCGGGAUCCACAGUGGGCCGGUGUGUGCCGGGGUCGUGGGUCUGAAGAUGCCGCGUUACUGUCUGUUUGGAGACACCGUCAACACGUCGUCCAGGAUGGAGUCCAGCGGGGAAGCUCUGAAGAUCCACGUCUCGGCCGCCACCCAGGACGUCCUGAUGGAGUUCAACUGUUUCCAGCUGGAGCUGCGAGGAAACAUCGAGCUCAAGGGCAAAGGCAGGAUGAAGACGUACUGGCUACUGGGGGAGAGCAGCCAAUGAGAGGGCAGGGGGCGGGGCUACUGGGGAAGAGCAGCCAAUGAGAGGA